UAUAGUAUUGAAUUUAUCCUCAACCUUUUCAGGAGAGCAGAUAGAGAAUACAAUAGUAAUGAUCGAAUUUGCAGUUGCCACUUUAAAGAUGGGAGAAAAGAGAAUGGGCCGACAAUUUUUGUAUACAGCAAAAAUAAUUGCUUUCCUGACUUUGUCGAGCCAAAAAGACGCAAAAUUACUGAAACAGAAACAGAAGGAACCCUCAAUACAGAGCAACCCAGACAAGCAGAGCUAAACCACAAUGACCACGACUAUGCAGUUUCUGGAAGUACUGAAGAAGGGUUUGAUGGAGAAUGUGCAAUGACAACUUCACAGUGUGAAGGAGGGAUCCACGCUGAUCACAGUUAUACUGCUUAUUUUCCAGAGGCAUCCAAAGAAAGUGUUGAUUUAGCAGAAAGAGUGAAAGAGCUCCGAAGAGAAUUAGAGUCACUAAAACUGAAAAAACAAGCCUUUACAAUUUGCAACAUAAUACAGGACCCAGACAAGAUGCUGUUAUAUACUUCAUUUCCCUCAGAAGUUUUCAAUAUACUGGUGUCUUUGUUGGAAAGAAUGGCCCCAUUCCAAUACUAUAAUGGAUGGACAGUACAAGGGAUCAGUACCAGUGACCAGCUCCUUAUGACUCUUAUGAAGUUACGCCUUAAUUUAAGGGAUUUGGAUUUAGCAGAAAGAUUUAACACCAGUAAAAGUACUGUCUCCAACAUAUUGAAUACCUAUGUUACAGCGCUGCAUGAAAUUUUAUUUGAAGGAGUGAUGAAGGCUGUUGGGAUACCCUCCCAGUUAAAAUGCAAAGGGUCAAUGCCCAAAUCAUUUGAGGAGUUUUCCUCUGCGAGAAUAGCAAUGGAUGCCACCGAAAUCACACAGGAUGUACCAUCAGACAUGAAUAACCAGUCGCUAUCUUACAGCAACUACAAAAGUCGCCAUACAGUAAAAGCUGUCACGUGUGUAGCACCAAAUGGUGCUUUAGUGUAUUGUUCAGAACUCUAUCCUGGAUCCACCUCUGAUGCUGCCAUUGUUGAUCACUGUGGUGUAUUGGAUAUGUUGAAGCCAGGUGAUAUGAUCCUUGCAGAUAAGGGCUUCAACAUAUUUGAUAAGCUUCCACCAGGAGUGACAUUAAACAUACCACCUUUCCUGUCAUCCAAAUGUCAUUUCACAAAGGAAGAAGCACAGCUUUGUUACAAGAUUGGGAGAAGUCGAAUUCAUGUGGAGCGAGCAAAUGAAAGAAUCAAGAACUACCGUAUUCUAGAUCACAUUCCUGCACAAUACAGACAUCUUGCCACUAAAAUUUUCCAACUGUGUGUAGCUCUUGUUAAUUUGCAAGCUCCUCUGUUGAAGGAAAUAGCAGAAAAGUAUGAAAUUUAGAACUGGUGUGAAUUAAAGUAGUACACAACAUCUAACUUGUAUCUUUUCAAACAUGCUAAAUAUGUACACAAAAUCUCUAUAAUGUUUAUAUUCAUUAUUAUACUUUCAUGUUAAAUACUAAAAUCAGAUUUGUUUAAGAAAUAUUAAACAAUUUGUAAUGUUAUCCUCAGCAUUAGCAACACACUUGAGAAUGGGUACAUGUAACACAAGGAUAAUGUAAAAUUAUGCGCGCACAGUUCAUCAUAGAAUUCUGGAAACAUCAGUUGUGCAUUUGAAAGAAGCCAAAUAAACUUAAUAUCAAUCAAAGCUUGAAAAACUACUUUUGAAAAACAAUAUGUUUAUUUUUUAGAGAAAAACUGUUAUAUAAUUCACAUGUAUUGUAAUUACUAUAUAUGAACAUUACAUGUAUAUAUGCUACAGUGAAUGUAUUCUGUGGCACUUGUCUAAUCAGGAUGUUGUGUAUUCAGAAAUCAUGCAUAAUAUAAUUAUAUAAACUUAAUAUAAACUAUACGUCCCUUUCAAAUAAUUAAAUUGUUUAAAAAUGUUGUCUGACCCUAAUUACAUAGAUCUCAUUUUAAUGAUAUUGCAUCUUUAGAAUUGCAGUUUGUAUAUAUUUCUUUUCUUUUACUUUUUUGUGAAAAGGACUCAAUUGUACAUCUUAAAUUACUUAUUUUGUUCAAAAUUUCCACACUGGUGAUGCAUGCUUAAGAUAAUGAUUGCUUUGAUCAUUAGUUGCAAAAAAUAAACCAUGAUAAAAUUAAACAG